AGCAUAGUGAAUAUACCAAUAAAUAAGUACACGGUUCGAUUGGUCGACGCAUGGAAAUUUACGAAGGUAUUGGCGUAACAGCGAUAUGCAGCUGUUGUGAAACUAUUACAAAAGUAUCCUAUCAUAAAGAAUGAUCAUUUAAUUAAAUGUGUUGGACAACCACGUCGAAUGAUCAUUGCGUAUAAGUCACGAAUCAGUAUUACACGUUCAGAAAUUCUCUUAAAAUGCAGCAACCUCAUGAAGUACACAUAAUCCAUGAGGAACAAAUUCUGGAAGCAAUUGAUCAACUCCGUCGUCGAAAAGCCCGUCCAGAUGCUGAUCGAAUUUGCAACUAUCUUCUCCGAAAAUUUUCAGUGGAUGUUAGGGACACCAUUGCUGACUUACACAGGCUAAUAGAAGCCGAAAAGGUCAUUCAGGUGGACUACAAAGGGAAUACCAGCUACAGAAACGCCUCGAAAUGGUCUCGUCUACAACUGUAUAAAAAUCGUCCUGAAGGAUUUGUGAAAGAAAAAUUAAACUCAAACAUGAUGGCUUCUGCCUUUGCAGAGCUUCUCGUGGAGGAGCCGGACUAUCUAGAUCAAGGAGUCCCUGCCUUUCGACUUAUUGAGCAGCUCCUCGACGGUAUCAGCAACCCUACAUCAAGAAAAAUGGUUGAAGAUUUCCUAGCUAAAGAAGUCUCCAGUGGAAACGUAACGAGAAUGAGUAAUGGUAACUAUUCUUUGGUUGGGACGAGUGAUGUCACUGGUAAUACCUCAUUUGGAAAUGGCAAAGAAGACACUGGACAUUCUGUUAAUAAACCGAGAAGGUAUUCCAGCGAGACUGGAGAUUCCGGAAAGGACUCGAUACUUAGAGAAUCCAAUUCCGAUUUUUUCGGCUUUGAUGAUGGAGGAAAUUAUGAUUCAAGGAGUGACAAUACUCCUAGAUCAUCAAGGCAGGCGAGCCCCAAAGACGACAUUGGGAAGAAAGAUGAGUCUAAUGUCAUUGAGAAAGAUGUCGAAGGGAAAGAGGCGGAGAAAGAGAGAAAGAAAAAAGAGAAUGAACCAAAAGACCAAAAUAAAGAGGAGGAAAGAUGCCUGAAAAGUGGAGAGAGCGUCGGAAAAGUGAAAAAGUCGAGUAAGAGUGAAAGAAAACAGAGAUUAUUGGUGAGACCGGAUGACUCGAUGGAUUUGGAAAUUAAAUUUGAGCAUUUCGUGGGACGUGAGGAAAAAGAUAGGAGGGGCCGUCGAAGAAAUGAGGGGGAGGAGGAGCACAGUGAGGAGAGAGAAGAUGAGGAAACUGGAAGAAGCAGUAAUAAUCAGUCACCAACGGGGGGGACUUUUGGAGGCUUUCGGAGUGCUAGAAGGAAGAGAGCGAAAAAAGUAUUUGACCCAUCCGACACUGAUGUUCCUAAACGUAAGAGAGGACGGCAACCCCUUGCAAGUAAAACCACGUUUCAAGCAUCUCACGAAUAUCAUGACAUUAAUCUGAAAGCCACUACUAAGGAAGGACCUAAUAGACAAUGCAGUUUGUGUGCCAAAGACAAAUCAGAGUCACUCGUCGCAUGUCGUGAUUGCACAGUUAGAGCUCAUCCAGGCUGCAUUUGGAGCCCUGAAGAUCUCAUCCACAAGGCUGGGAGCAGCUGGCAGUGCGAGAGAUGCAAAACGUGCAGCAUAUGCUGCGAAACUUCGGAAACUGGCGCUUUGAUCACAUGUAUAGCCUGUGAUGAAGCUUAUCAUUAUGUAUGCCACACGCCGCGUGUGCCUUCUUCUAAAUCUCAUUCAAAAUGGCACUGUAGUAACUGCGCUGAAAAGAAGCUACAGAAGAUGACUCCAGUGAUAGGACUAGAGAAGGUCCUGCCCUCUCGACCAGAAACUCCGAUAAAUCCUCCUCAAUUACCACCAGUUCUGAGCCCUCAAGUCUCUCCAACUAGAGGUUUAAUUGAUCAUAACGAUGAUGAGAUCUGCCCUCGUGAUGGAAUUGAUCCAAACAUUCCUGAUGCCUCGGACUGGACAUCGGAACAGGUUUAUCAGUACUUUGCGAGACUUUUCCCGAAAGAGGCUGAGGUAUUUAGACUACAGGAUAUAGACGGCCACUCUUUACUGCUUCUGAAACGUUCUGAUGUUCUCAUUGGCCUUGAUUUACUGCUCGGGCCAGCCCUAAAAAUCUACAGGCAUGUACUCAAGCUGCAAAUGCGCCGUGAUGAUCCUCGUUUCUACUGGUUAUGAAGAAAUAGUAAUUUAUGCUACUAGGGCUGAAAAGCUAUUCAAUCUAAAAUACGUUGGGAAAACACUUUUCAGACCGUGUGGCAUAUGUUACUUUAUGUUGCGAGGUCCGACUAAUCAAGUACUUAUUGCCGCAAGGCGGUAAGUAAAAAGAAAGGCGAUAAGCCGUCACUUAUCUCCGUAGGGCGAUAAGAGAACGAGGCUAGGGUGGGUUUAGUGACAAAUAUAUUUUGCAAGUUGAUAGCUUUUGUUGCAAAAUAGCACAUUUACGCUCAAUUCAUUAUGGAUUAUUCUUGAUCUGACAGAAAUAUAAUUAGUGCGCCAAUCUAUUGUGUCCAACCCCUUACGAAUGACGCGUUUGGCACGAGUCCUGUCUGUAUCACCUAGGAAGCUUAUCCGGUAAUACAAUUCCACUAUUUGAAUGAUAAUAAUUUCAGAGCAAUUACCCGAAAACUUACAACGGAUGACAUUGAUUGCAGUUGUUCAUAUGAUCAGAUUUAUUCAUAGUAUUCAACGGAUUCAUUAUUGAUAUGGAUUUCUGUAUUUUAACGUUUCGUUAAACUAAUGUCUAUAUUUUCAAAUAAUUAAUACCUGAGGUGUUUCAACUCGCGAAAUUUACAACCACUAAAUUAUGUAGCCAAUGAACUAUUUCCUUGUGUAAAUUGUUUAACGACUUGUUAUAAGACCUUUUUAGUUUUUUUUUGCCAAUUUCCUCAACAAACAAAACAAUAUCGAACUUUCUGAACCGGAUGAAUGAACUUGUGAAUGAUUUUGGAAUUGAAUUUCGAUUGUAGUCUUUCACUGAACUGACAACAAAUAA